GGGCCCUCCUCAUCACAGAGGCCACUUCUGAAGCUGGGGUCCCCCAAGGGAACAGCAGCGGCCAGGAUGUCCACACAGAUCAUCCACUACAUGAAGACCGUGGCUCUGCGCCUGCUACCUGGGAUCCCAGAGUCGCCAAGCCGCCAGUGGUGCCAUACACUCCCCGCCAACGAGUUCCGCUGCCUCACCCGAGAGGAUGCUGCCGACGUGUUUGAGAUUGAGCGAGAGGCCUUCAUCUCUGUCUCGGGCGCCUGCCCCCUGCAACUGGACCAGGUCCAGCACUUCCUGACCGUGUGUCCCGAGCUGUCCCUGGGCUGCUUCGUGGAGGGCCGCCUCGUGGCCUUCAUCAUUGGCUCCCUGUGGGACAAGGAGAGACUCACCCAGGAGUCACUGACACUACACAGGCCCGGGGGCCACACAGCCCACCUGCACUUGCUGGCCGUGCGCCGCCCCUUCCGGCGUCUGGGCAACGGUUCCACCCUGCUCUGGCGCUCUCUGCACCACCUGGAUGGCAAGCCGGCCGUGCGCCGGACCUCGCUCAUGUGCGAGGACCCAUUGGUGCCCUUCUACCAGAGGUUCGGCUUCCACCCUGUGGGCCCGUGUGCCGUGACCGUGGGCUCCCUCACCUUCACGGAGAUGGAGCGCUCCCCGUGGGGCCAUGCCUCCCUGCGCAGGAACAGUGACAGCUGA